AAGAGAGAGAGAGAGCUUUUCUUUUCCUGGGACUUUAAUGAAGUUGGCCAUGGUCUGGGGUGUCUUGGAGGGAUUAUAUCUCAAACUUGUGUCUCUUCUGUCACUUGGCUCUGUGACUGCUGAGACUAAUGGGCUGUGCUGUGAGGUGAGUGAAUGGGAAAGGGAAAGGGGGAUACCUAGUCAGUUGUACAACUGAAUGCAUUCAACUGAAAUGUGUAUUCCGCGUUUAACCCAACCCUGAAUCAGAGAGGUGCGGGGGUUGCCUUAAUCGAGUGAGGGAGCGUUCCUUAGGGUCACAGUGAACAGGAUGAUCGGUGGUCAGAAGGAGAAUAUGGCAGCAAGAUCACCUCCUACUCAUCCUGGCUUUGGCAUCUCUGGGAAGAGCUUCCUCAUCGACAACCUGCUGUGCUCGGCAGGGCCAUCCUUUCCCUCAUCCUCUUCCUCACCCACAUCAGGUGGGCCAACAAGUGGGCUCUUCAAGGGGCCCUCGACCGGCCCCUACAGGAGCACCUGGGGCCCUCAGCAUGUUGUCUAUGAGGGCCAGAGUAAAAACUGUGAACGAGCCAAAGACAGAGGGCUUCCUCCUCAGCCACACUCAGGCCUGUUGAGCAGUGUGUUUCUACGGGGCCCUCAGUAUGUGCUGGCAGCAGUGUGCUGUGGUGGGUCCAGCCCUCCACCUGUCUUCUCCAAGGGAGCCUAUAUUCCCAUGUGGUCCCCGGAUACGAGCUCCACACCCCGGCGAGGGAUCCUGAGGAGGGCGGUGUUUUCGGAUGAGCAGAGGAAGGAGCUGGAGAAAACGUUCAAAAGACAGAAAUACAUCAGCAAGAUAGACAGAAACAAAUUGGCAGCAGAUCUCAACCUGAAGGAAUCCCAGGUGAAGAUCUGGUUUCAGAACCGGAGAAUGAAGUGGAGGAACUGUAAGGAGAAGGGGGGCCACAGCUGCCGCUCCCCCAUGGAGGAGCUCAUGUCCCGGGGCUGCAACCAGGAAGAGGAACGCAAGGGGGCACCAGAGAGCACGGGCACGCCAUCAGACAGCUCACCAUCACAGCAGCGGGACACGGACACAGGAGUUACCACAGAGAAAGAGUUAUGCAAGGAACCUGUGACUUUGAAACAGCCAUUGAGUCCGCACAGACACACUAUGACCUCUGACCCCUGAGAGGAUGACAGACUGAAAGACGGGCGUUGAGCAUUGGAUAAAGUGACUAACACUCCAUAACAAGAAAAUACUUGUCUUUUUAAUAUUUUGUGGAUUGCUAUUGUGUAGUAACAUUUUGUAGACUGACUACAAGUGUUUUGGAAACUUUUAUUAUAUCAUACACUGUAUAUGAACACAAACUGAAGGUUAGUCAGCUACACACAACCAUGUACAAAUGCUUUAACAUGUAAGACUGUAUUCAUAAUAUUUAUUUUACUCUUUUAACUGAAACAAUUUCUGUAAAUAAAAUGAUUCAUUCAA